AUGGCGCGCUGCUACAACGGGGUCACCUACCUCGCCGCCAAGGCCGCCACGGAGCUGCCCCUGGACGCCGCCUGCGCCGUGCUCUUCGCGGUGGUGGUGCACUGGCUCUGCGCCCUCCGCGCGGACCUGCCGAGCUUCGCGGCGGGGGUGGGUGGCGGGGGCGGCGCGGGGCAGGGGAGCCAGGGGUAG